UAUAUGAAAUAUGAUAUAACAGAGAUUUUAUCUUCGGAGUCAGAUAAUGAUAAUGAUUUUUCACCUAGUUUAAAGUCCAAAACUUCAUUGAACGAAGAACUUCCAAAAUCUAAACGUUCAACGAGGUUAGAAAAUCGAAAGCAGAAAAAUCUUGGUUCGAGUAAAAAAUCUUCAAAAAAAGGAGAAAAUUCUGCUCAAAUUGAAGAAUAUUCAAAAUCUACAAAUUCAGCAUCCUCAGAAGGUAGAAAACAAUUAAAUACACCGCUGAGUGAAAAAUCUUUAAAACAAAAAAGUUUCUUUGCUCCGCUGGGUAAGGAGCCUUCAAAACCAAACAGUUUUUUCAACAGUCGAGAAAAUAGUUCUUUCAUUGAAAAAAGGAAACGAGAAAAUCCUGCUCUGUAUGGAGAGUGUUCAAAAGCUACAACUCCAUCAGAUUUAGAAAAGUCGAAUGUUAAAACAAGUAAAUUAGAAAAUAUUUCGUCGAAUAUCAAAUCAAAUGUUGAAACUAGUAAAGUAGAAAAUAUUUCGUCAAGUAUCGAAUCUCCCAGUUCAGAAAAAACGAGUGUUGAAAUUAGUAAAGUAGAAAACAUUCCGUUGAAUAUCGAAUUAGAAAAAUUGUGUGUAAAAACUAGUAAAGUAGAAAAUAUUUCGUCAUCAAAAUUGGGUACUUUGGAAGUUAAAAAAUUCAAUGAAGCCGAAAAACAAGAAAGAUUUCUAUUAAACCCAGAAUGUUCAAAUUCUAGAAGUUCGAUAAGAAAGGAGGAAAAUAUUUCUACAUCUGAAAAUUCUACAAGCACGUUAAGUACAGAAUGUAAUACGAAUUAUAAACCUUUUAUAUCUGUUCGUAGAGAUAUUUUCAAAAACAUUUCCACCCGAAAUGAAACUGUUAUUAACGAUAAUGAAAAUACACUAAAUAACAUCAAUUUCGAAAAUUUUACGUUAAUUCCCGAAUCUUCAACAAAUUCAAUUAGUGUAGAAAGCAGGAAAAGAUUAGAAAAUACUUCAGAAAAAUCGUUAAGCGUAACAAAUAGAAAAGAUAGCGAAUCAGAAAAUUAUUUAAACUUUGAAAACAACAAACAAGGAAAUGUUCCAUCAACCUCAGAAUCCCCGAAAUCUACAAAUUCCACUUCGAUAGAAGAAAGAAAUGGGGUAGUUACUUCGGUAAGAAAGGAGGUAAAUACCACGCCAAGAAAAGGCGUAUAUACUUCACCAAGAAAAGGGAUAUAUACCUCACCAAGGAAGGGAGUAUAUACUUCACCAAGGAGAGGGGUAAAUACUUCGCCAAGGAAAGGGUUAAAUACCUCGCCAAGGAAAGGGCUAAAUACUUCACCAUCAAAAUCGGAAAAUGGCGAUGAUGAAAACGUUAAUUAUGAUAGUUUUAUGCGCCAUUUUCAUUAUAUGCUCAGUUAUAUUUUCAAUCAUAAAGAAUUAAAAUUAUUAUUGAAUGAAAAUCAAAAGAAAACAUUGGAAAAUUUAAAAACUUUCUCUUUAAAAGAACGAAAAAUCUGUAUACGAUUAUAUUAUCGUAAAUUCAUGUGGUAUCGUAUGGAAAAUUUACGAAACGAUACAAAAUUAUCGAUUGAUUUAGAUCCAACAGAAAUGUCGACAUUAAUACAAAAAUUAAGUUCAAAUAAUUUCCUUGAUACAAAUACUUCGAAUGUAAAUCUUGAAAAUUUAUUAGAGUUACUAAGCGCACCCGAAUUAAAAGAUAUUAUGAAAUUAUAUAAAAUAAAAUCGGAGAGUAAAAAACGAGAAGGAGUUAUUCAACGAAUUAUAAAAAAUACAAAAAAUCAAAAAUUAAUGUUCGGUAAUCCUGAGGAAAAGUUAAAAAAAGAUAUAUGUAAGGUAUUGGGUGUUUGUGUAAAAUUAACCGAUUCAUUUAUUGGAUGUAUGCAUAGAGUUCAUUUGUUGUUUGGAAUUACGGAAAAUAAGACGCCACAAGAGAUGCAUCGUUUUCUGUUUGAAUUUUUACGAAAACCGAUUGAAAAUCGUAUAACAUUUCAAAUUGACUGUCCGAAAUUGUUUGAAAAUGAAGAAGAAUUUUCUGAUUAUGAAGAAAACCGUUUACAAUAUGAACAACUUUUAAGUGCAAUAGAAAAUAAGGAUAAUAAUACAGCAAUGAUAAUUAUUUUAAGGGCUUUCCUCAAGUAUGAAUCAUGUAUUCGUAAUGAUAUAUUUUCCAGAAAAAUAAAAGAAAAACCAUCAUUCUUGAGAAAAUUUUCAUCUAGUAAUUGUAUAGUUCGUAUUUUAUCUGAAGGCAUUCCUAUAUUAAAACAAGAAAUAAAAAAACCAUCAAGUUCAUCUGAGGGCAAUAAUAAGAUGGCAGAUGAAUUAUUACUAGAAGCACUUUUACAACAAAAUUUUCAUACUAGCGAAUUAAAAAAUAUGCAUGCUCUUCAAAUUUUGGAUGCUUUAUUAGCACAAGAUCUUUUUCGCACACACAAAAAAACUGAAUGGUUAAAAGAAAAAUUGAUGAUAUUGAAAAAUUUAGAUAUAAAUAAGGCUGUCCACGAAUUUAUGGACAUUGCUAAAAUAGACGAACAUAAAAAUAACAAACUCACUCAAAUAUAUUUUAACGAUGAAAUACAAUCAUUUUUAAAAUCGAAAAAAGUAAGCGAUGAACACAAAGACGAGUUACAGAAAUUAAAAUUACAAUUGCCAUGCGAUCGAUUUCCGUCUAUAACAGUUUGGGCUGUUGAAGUACCAAAUAAUAUAUCUGGACGGAAAAAAAUGUAUAAAUCCAAAGAUGAUAAUGGUCAAAGUUACAGUAGCGUUGAAGAAGUUGCCAUAAAUUAUUAUAAGAAAUAUUUAGACUACGAAGAUGGUAUCCAUUGUGAGGGCUCUCUAUUAUCAACGUUAUUUGAACUGCUGUUUUGGGAUAUAAUUUACGAGUAUUAUGUGCCAAAUACGUUUAUUUCACCGAUACAAAGUCGACCUUUGGAUAUGUUUUCAAGAUGGUUUUAUACUAAUCGUAAAGAUGUUAUUGAUGUUCGAUUGAGUGAGAUAGAAAAUUGGGACGAGAAAGAAUUUGAAAUGCAGCUCCAAAGAAUGUUGGAUAAAAUAUUAAAUUAUAUGACACCAUCUACGCUUGCCGAUGUGCAAUUGUUAAUGACGUUCGUGAAAUCUAUUAAUCGGGAAGUUUUGGUGAAAAUGUUACGAAAAUUAAUUGAAGAACAUGGUACUUAUCGAGCUGGAUUUCCUGAUAUAAUUUUAUGGAAUACUCGUACGAAAAAGUGUAAAUUUGCCGAAGUAAAGGGUCAGCAUGAUAAAUUGAGACCUAAGCAAAUAUUAUGGUUACGAUUUUUAUUAUCCAUUGGAGCUGAUGCGGAAUUAUGUCAUGUUCAUACUACAGGAUACAGCAAAAUUGCGCAGUAAGAAUGUUUUUGUUCAAGGAUAGUACAAAAAAAAAGUUUUAAAUAAUUUGAAGAGUUUUUUUUAAUGUAAAUUUUAUAGGUUUAUCUUUUUUUUACAAUUAUGUGAUAUAUUUUCUUGCUCAUAUUGCGAUUUUAUAAUGGGACACUUUAAUGUCUAAUAGUGUCGUUUUAAGUUACCAUAAUAUGUGAAAAUUUCCAGUGCCGUAACUAAAUUGGGUCGAAAAUAGUCUAGCUCUAGUUUUAAGAUAUUUAUUUCCUUUUAAUAGUUUUAUGACUUUUAUUAACUUUAUUUGAAUAGUAUCAAUUAGUAGAGUUUCGAAAAUGAGUUCUCUAGAUUGAAACGUUAUCUAUCUAUAAAAGGUUAGUUAGAAAGAUAACGUAUUUCAUAAAACCAGAGUGCCUUUUCAUGUUUAGCGGUGCUGUUUUUAUCCAGACUCAUAAAAUGUGGUUACGGCACCGAAUAAUUUUAUAAAUUUAGUUUUAAAUUGUGUCAUAUAGUCAUUAUUGGACUUCAUGAAUACUGUUACUUGGAUCAAUGAACACUGUUAUUUUUAAUUAUAAUAAGGACUGUCUUGUUAAGAAAAAAUGAAGAUUAAAAAGUAAAAAUAAUCUAUUAUAAAAAAUGGACCUAACCAUAUUAGUUUCUAAGUACUUACUGGCUGCGUUUUAAAGAACUGAGCGCUUAAGAUACAUAAGGGUGCCGUGUGUAUAGAUCAACUCAGUAAACUAAGAGCUCAGUUCUACCAAUCGCAGCCAAAAUAACAAUUAAGAAAUAUAGACU